AUGGUGGUUCAAUUUGUUGGUACCCAAGGAAACAGGGAAUUUCUGCUAAUGCCAAUGGGUGUAGGAAAUGGUGAAGGGGCUCCACAAGCAAACGUGGCCCUUCAAGAAGCUGUUCAAGACCUUCCAGGUGAAAAGAGGACAAAUGUUGUGGAGGAAGGGGCUUCAAAAUCUCAAGCCAAUGCAAUGAUUGGGGCUAGUAAUUUUUCCCCAGAGGAAGUAAUUCAGAUUCUCGGGAGGCCAAUCAAGGUGGAAAAAGGGGUUCCAGCUCCUAAACAGUUAAUUACUGGGGUCAAAGGUGGAUCUGGUCAGGAUAUUGUUACAGCAAGAUCCCCUGUGACAAGUGAAGAGUCUGAUUGGGGGCCAAUGAUUGAUAACCUCUUGGGACAGAAAGCAUGCCUGGAAGCAGAUGACGUGACUGAAGAAGAGUCGGUUGAUGAGUGGUGGGAUGCUGUUGAACAAGAAUCACAAGUGUCUGUGGAAUGUGGAAUUUCAGCCUCCAAGAAUAAUUCUGAUUUGGGGCCAAUGGUAUAA